CAGUUUAGCUUGCUUACCCGCCGCGAAUUAGUGACACGAGCGUGACGAACGCGGAGUGAGUGCGUACUGAAAAUAAACAGAAAGUAGUGGAGUGGUGACAAGAGCGCGGGUCCAACGAUGGCUUCGCCGAACAAAAAGUCCAAGGAAUUGGAGGACCCAAGUUCGGGCGAGGGUGUUGAGUCGCGAGAUUACGACAUUGAAAUACAAAAGACACUCGAAGAGAUUGACGGGUGUCAGAAUCAAAUCGAUGGCCUCAAUGAGAAAGCCAGCGAUGAAAUCCUCGAAGUUGAGAAGAAGUAUAAUAAGUUGCGUAAGCCCUAUUUCCAAAAACGGAAUGACAUUAUUAAGAGGAUACCCAAUUUUUGGGUCACUGCUUUUGUAAACAACAAAGAAAUAGCAGAAAUAUUGGAAGAAGAUGAAGAAGAUGCGCUUCGAUUCUUAAAUAAGCUGGAAGUGGAAGAAUUUGAAGAUAUUAAAUCUGGUUAUAGAAUUAAUUUCCACUUCGAUGAAAAUCCAUAUUUCGAGAAUGAGGUUCUAACUAAAGAAUUUCAUCUUGGUUCUUCUGGAGAUCCAGCUUCUCAAAGUACACCUAUACGUUGGAAAGAUGGUGCAGAUUUAACUAAAAGAGCAAAAACCAAAGCCCCAUUGAAAGGUCGCAAAAGGCCGUUGAAACACAGGUCAUUUUUUGACUGGUUUACGGAUCAUGGAGAUCCAAGUUCAGAUGAAAUAGCAGAAUUAAUUAAGGAUGAUAUGUGGCCUAAUCCUUUACAGUAUUACUUAGCCCCAGAUAUGGAUGUUGAAAAUGGUAUUGAAGGAGAUGGCGAAGAUUGUGACACAGAAGAAGAAGAAGAAGAAGAAGAUGGUGGGGCAGAUGAUGGUGAUGAAGCUGGUGAGGGCGAAGAAGGAGAUGACAGUAUAGUUGUUGUCGAAGAUGAUGUUGACGAAGAUGAAGAAGAAGAAGAGGCUGUGAAUGAUGAAGAUGAUGGGGUAAACGAGGAAGAUGAAUUAUUAGUUGAUGAUGAAGUGGAUCGUGAAGAUGGUGAUGGAGAUGAACCCGAAUAAAAUUCAAAGUUGAUUUUUCAUAACAUUGGUUACAGUCAUAGAGAUUGAGAAAGGAUCAUUGAAAAUACACAUCAGAUUGGUCGAAAAUAGAAAAAGUUUGCAGGACUGAAACUAUUGAGCCAUAUGAAUAAACCUUGGGACAAUUUUUGGAAAAUAAAGUAGGAAACUGAGUUUAGCAAACCUAAUAUCUCUUAGCACGAAAGGAUAUCGCUUUUAUGAAAAUUCAAUAUUUAUUCGAUUGUGCUGAAAGUUAUUAAGACAAUGAGGGGGUCUGAAUUAAACUAGAUAGGUUUUACUGUUCACUUUGUUCCGCAACAGUUUCAGAAUGCAGUAUGAAAUCCUUAGUUAUAUUCAUAUGGCCUAGUCAUUCUUUAUUAUAAUAGGCAAACAGAUGAAAAACACCUGUUUAAUUUUAACGUGUUAUAACUAUAUUAAGAAAGAAGUAAAUUAUAAAUCAUGACGCGAUGAUGAACAGGUGUUUUUUCUUGUUUUGUCUCUUCAUGAAAAUCUAUUUCAUCACAUUUCUUCCUGAACGAGGUGUUUUAAGUACUUUUUGAGAGUGACAGUUUACAAUUAUAUGUCGAGAUUUGUAGCGUCUUUGUUGUUACCGAGGGAUAACUUUUAGACCAUUAACAUUAGGUAAUUGUAAAAAGUUGUACUCUACUAUUAGAUUACAUUUCUGAAAAUGCUUUUAUUAUUUAUUUAAUACUACAAGAUUAUAAAAGAAGAAGAAAAAAACAAUUUUAUAGGUUCUCAGUAAUUAUACUUUAAAGUAUGAUCGAAAACAUAUCGCAGAGAAUUACAAUUUUAUUAACGCAAUAGUGUAUUUAGACUUUGUGUAUAAGAAUGUAUAAAACAUUACCAUGAUUCAUAUUGUUAUGGUUCGUUUUAUUAAUGUCUAGAAAUUUACACUUAAAAAUGUAGAAAGUUUGAUAAAAUCAUCAUUAUUCCUAUACAUAUAUGUUUGUAUUCCCUUAAUACUUUAAUUUUAUGAAGAAAUAUUUGUAUGUUUGUAAAACAAUAUAUUAUAUUGCGUUUAACGUUACCGAUUAUAAUAUAUUUACAAACAUUUUUACAUUAAUAUAUUAUUCAUAAAAAAAGUUUUCUUGAAUAUCAUGAAUCAGCGUAUUAACGUUGUACGAUAUAAUGCAUUCAUGCAUCUUCUGUUGAAGUAUAUGCAAAAAGAAAUGGAGACGAAUAAAAUUAGUUUCAUACAUGCCUGAGGAAAUGUUGAACCCAAAAUUAAGAAGUAAUUAUAAUAAUUAUUAUUACUUAUUUAUAUUUUUAUUUAUGAAACUUUUCAGUUUGUAUGUAAAGGAUAAACUUACCUUAACAUCAUAAUUUAAUAAACAAUUGAGACUUGUCACGCUCAAAAUAGGAAUCAACUCGUUCUAACUCUUCCAGAUUUUACACAAUAAAAUUUCCAUUCUCGCGAAAUGAAGAUAUAUCGCAAACGUUUUCCCACGUAUAGUUCGUCGCGCACUUCUAAUUCUAAAGACACCUUUUCAAAUUACUGUUGCGAUUCAAAGGUGAAGUUAGAAUCAGGAGUCAAUUGUAACCCCUGUUAUAUUCCCCGCGGUGUGCCAACGAAGAACACAUUGCGAUCAAUUUUAGACUUCGGGUGCAAGCAAAGGUUCUAUCGAAUGGUUCUUAAUCAGCGUUUCCCUCUGGGAUCUAGGAAAAAUCAAAUAAUUACGCCGCUCAAAGUAGAUAAAAUAUUUAUACCUGAUUUGAUUAUUCAAAACUAUCCAAGGGAUACACAUGUUUUUAAGCGUAACCAGUUUAUUAGGUCUUGGAUAAAACAGUUUCAACAUAAGGAACGAUCUUUCGAUUAAUACGUGAAAUUAUUAUGAUAUUAUAAAAAUCUCCUAGAAUAAGAUUCCUAUUUUUCUACUGAAUAUUUAACGUUAGCAAUGUAAGCAAUUAUUUGAUUCCUCCUAGAAAGCGAUAAGGUGCACUCAUCUAUGACAUGUAUUGUCAUUAAAAUUUAAAAAAAAACCAACUACUGUCCUGGAAUGUCGCUGCGUAAUUGAUACGAUGCGCGGUUGUAAGAGAUGUAUUAGCGCGAUGAGGUGCAGGAUAUAUUUAACGUUCAAUGUCAAUUUUAAUCCCUCGUAGAGACACUCGAACCAUUUACCGUUAUUACCAUAUUAUAUUUAAAAAAACACAAGAAAUAAGUAGUUAUAUCAAUGAUGUUCACUUAAUAUAAUUUCUGGUGGUUCAAUCAAGUUCAUGUAAAAUUUGAAUUGACACUUCACAAAAUUUUGAUCAAUUUAUACUGAAUCAAAGAAAAACAUGCUAAGCGAAGAAAGUAAUAUAAGAAUAAAUAUUCAAAUCUAUAAAAUAAUAGCUGAUAAUUAUGAAAAGUGGCCGUUUUCUAAGAAAAGAAAAGAAAAGGAGAAUUAAAUGUUGUCCUUAUGUUGCCAUAUUGCCAUAUCUAAUUUAUAUAUCGAAGAAGCAUCACAUAUUAAAAAUUAUGUGUUAAUAUAUGAUAGUAGCUCGUCCAUACUUGUAAUGUGUUUAUAAAAUAGGGAGCAAACUGCAUUGCGCUUCAUAAUUUGCACUUCUUUAUAGUACGUACAGAAGGCAGCUGUAUACAUAAGUUUCAAAUUUCUCAGGGGUUGAGUAAAUUGAUCUUUUAUAUAUCCUGUACGUGAAAUUAGAUGUCGCGAAUUCUCAUGAAAUAUUAGAUUUAUUCUGUACCUCGUCUGCGGUAUUAUGUAGUCCUGCGAGUUGGCACAUGGUCGCACAAAAGGAUACCUGUGUCCGGGAUGAAUGAGUGAGAGUAGGCGAGCAGAGAGUAACGACACAGAACAACUGGGUGUAUACAUUUUUCCAAUCAAUCGACGUAUUCGUGUUACGCAAUCAUACAGCAAAUUAACGAAAUAAAGUUGUCAGUUUGAGAUAGGAAUGAGUUUUUAUAUUUGAAAUUGCUUAGCGAUAUAAGACGAACGAUUGUGAGACAUUCUAUUGCAAGAAAAUCGGUCGCAACGUUUUACCCGGAUACGUUUCCUUUUGGUUUCAUUAUAAUAUCGCUCGUAAAUGAAUGGUUAUUAAAUUAAACGUAUUGUUUCGUCGAUUCUUACGUAUUAUUCUCGUACGAAUGAUUUUCCCCACAAUUCAUUGUAACGAUUUCCGUUUUGUCGAUAAAAAUUGCAUUCUGGUGGCACCGUUUUUCUCUUUAACAUUCAACCCGAUCGUCAUCCCUGGUUUUCCCCUUCUGGAAAAUACAUCGAUCAUGUAUUUGCUAAAAGCCUCGACUCGCUUUUGAUUGUUUCGUAUAGAAAAUUGAUCAGUUUUGUACAUGUACAGAAUAGAAAUUUCAUCUCGAGAUUACAUUAUAUUUCUUGGUAACACCACGAAACAUUCGGAGAUAUCGAUGUGACCAAGGAACAAAAUUAUACGAGGAAAAUUAAAGAGGAAAGAAAGAAAGAAAAUAUACAGAAAAGUGUAACGAGAAUAAGUGGUAAAUAUAAGAUGCUAAUAUAUAAGAUUUUAUUGUUUGUAAUACGUGUUUGUAAGAUGUAAGAAAUUUGUUAAAAAAAACGUUUUUACUGGUAUAAAAAUUCUAUCGACGUACAGGGAAUCAGGGAUGUGAAACGAAACGACGAUUAUCCGAACUUAAUGAAACAUUCGCAAAUAAAUUCUUCACAGAACAAGAGAGGAUCGCCUUUAGCGUACUAAUGAUAAGCAGUCUUGACACGUGUUCAUUAUUUGCAUCCCCAUUUUUCGUUACAGUGGUAUAUCAUUGAAAAUAUUUUUCCACGCUGAUCUGCUGCUAUUAUUUACACACUGGUAUACAGACGAAAGAAUAAUGUACAUGGAAAAUAAAGUUGAUCGAGUAAGUAACGUGAACGUUUGAAAACCUUUAAUAGAUGACGUUUCACAUUUUUAUUUUUUUUUUUUGUUAGAAUUAAAAUAUUUAUUUUGAUUUUUAGCAUAUUUCUUUAUGAUUUCAAUCAUUUUAAUUGUAUCCUAAAGAUAACCAGCUAAUUUUUUUACGCACUUGUUUAUUAUGGUAGACCUCUGUGAAUGAAAUAGCUGUAUAGAAAAUAUUACUUGUUCAGGGAACGAUAGAAAAAUCUAGUUCGAUGGCCGAAAGCUGAAGUAUCGUAUUAGAUAGCUUUCGUAACUCUGCGAUUAACUUUCCCGUUUGGAUAAUCGACGUUUUUUAUUUCACGCGAAAUUAUAAUUUUCUGUUUCAUUUAACCGAUGAUUUGGCAUAUAACAUUUCUCCUCGAAGAUUUUCUAAUUGAUUUAAUCGCAAUGAUACAUACCCACCCUUUUGUGUUUGUAAUAAAUCGAUUGUUCGAAUCUGCAGUGUUUUAAACGGAUUUAAGUGUAAAGAUAUGACUUACGUAAGUUUUAAUAAGAAUAGUGGAUUCUCGUUUUCUAGGUGAUGUACCGACAGGAAAGUUUUAGGAACUAUAUUUUACGAUGCGUAGUAAUUUAUUGUGCCAUUAGUGUUUACAAAAUUUUUUACCGUAGUUUCUACUUUAAUACUAUUCACACCAUCUGUACAUAUAGAGUAGUAUUCUAUUAUUCUACUAAAUUAUGGAUUUGAGGUAAAUAUUAAUAAGUUAUUUCUUUUUAUACGACGUAUCGAAGACCCGAUGUUAUAAGACAUUUUACAUAUAUCGGUAUCGUAUACAGUUAUAAAUAUAGCUUUAUAAGUAUCGAGAUAUAUUCCUGUAAUGUUUCAAUUUACAAUUUUUGGUUUGAUCGAGUAUAUUUUCUAGUGUGUUCAACGAAAGCGAAAUUAGGAGAAAAAAAAAUGAAUUCUGAACAACAAAUUGUAUACAAUUAAACAUAAAUAAGAAUGAUCUGAAGUGAAUUUAUCCUUCAAUAAAACGAAUGUACAAUAUAAUUUGCACCACUAUAGUUGUUAAGAUACGAUAAAGUGCUAUAAUCUUUUGAUAAAUAAAUAUGAUAACACACAAUAAUCCUAAGAUACGAUUGAACAAACGUGACGAGAUGGCAUGGACGCGUAUUUAAUAUUUAUUAUUUUACACCAUUGUCAUCGUAAAAGUAUGUUCGAUUAAUUUUCAUUUCUGACAAUAAAUUUAUCUCGAAUUAGUCGUUAC